UUUCCCUUUAUCUUUCUUACAACAGUCAUAUAAAAUACGAAUACUGCAUUAUGGAACGAUAAGAAGAAGCAAUAAACAAGAGGAGAGAAAAAGAAGAAAGAAAAGAGAGAAAAAAAAAGAACAGGAGAGAUAACAACUGAAAGUGGGAAAUGUAUAUUUAAAAACAGUGGGAAGGAGAGAGUUGUGAAGAGCCAUCUUGCUUAGGGACGAAAGCUCAGCUGCGGCAGUAGAGAUCCAGUGCUCCGUGUGGCCGCCUCGUCUCGCGCCUCUUCUCCAGGCGCUGCCCCUUGUUAUUGUAUUUUCCGUUUGCGAAACAUGACUGAGAAAUAGUGUGGGAGAAUAUGUGCUGUUGGGAUAUAUAAUCUUAUACGUAGCUUCAACGGAGUUUCGUCAACAUGCGGCUUGGCAUAUUGGGUAUGUUGACAUUGGCAAUCUUUUUACUGUGUAGUACAUGUGCUCAGGAAACUGAUGAUGCCCAGGCUAAAGAGCGAUUUGAGAGUGAGAACAGCAUGCCCGGCGCCGGCGUUGAGGAUGCAAGUGACAAAGAUGGAGGAACUAGAAGUCAUUACGAAAUUGAAGAGACAGACAAAGACGAAACGAGAAAUAGUUCCAUGAACAGCGAUACAGAGUCUGUUAUCCUGAUCAACCCCAGUCGGCUGUACAAUCGUGUGAAGGAGCUGUAUGACAUGCUCGCCCACCAUCGUUUGUACUAUGACCUUCUCUCACGGCAAGACUUCCAUGUGAUUGUUGACGAAGUAACUCGCUUGCCCCAAUACUUCAGUGACCUGGCUUUCCAGGACGCAGCACUUGCACCUGAUAGCAGAGAGGCCCAACCCUUUGACUCGGACUAUGUGAAAGCAAAAGUUAAAGUGCCCGUUAAUCCUUCUCUCUUUAAGUCCGUAUACAAGCUCCACCAGCAGCUGAGUCAGGUAGAACCGCUGGUGCACAACGCCGCCUCUGCCCUCCAGGAGGUCAUUCCCCAGUAUCAUCUGGAUGAAGCAGCGGCCAUGGACAUGAUUCAUGAACUUCUACCUGAACUAGGCGUUCAAAUGGAGGAAGUUGGCAAUCUUGUGCCACUGACAACUCCGCCGACCAGUAUUUCCUCAUCGCUCUCUGUUAACUCCCAUUCCAGCGAGCAUCACAUCCCUACAUCGACUUCAUCUCAGUCAUCCUUCCCUAUUACUAAAUCACCAAUGGCGAACCCGCAAGCCACUCCAAUGCCGAUGGAAUCAACAGACUCCAUCUUGCCUUUUGUAGUUCCAAAUGUCAAUGAAACUAUUGGAAACACAGUGUUAUCUCUCAACAGAAGUGAGGCCAUGCACGAAAUCAGUCAAAUUCUGUCAAACCAAACUAAUAUGACUCAGAACAAGACUGAUGAUUCAUCAGGCAAUGCUGCAUCCUAUUCUAAACAAUCUUCAAAUGCAACAAACUAUCAGAUUAGAGGAAACAGUGGUAUUAAGGUCAUUCAAGAGAUAAAUCCCAGUAUGUUCUGGUGGAGACCCCCAUUUGGCAACAUCCCUGUCGGCCUAUUACCUCUUCAUAACAACAGAACGCAAAGCACUAGUGAUGCGACAACACAACGCCCCUUACCCAUUACUGACUGGGUAGUUAAUCCAGACGAAUCUGAACCUUUUGAUGAUGAUUUACUCAAGACGAAAGAGAAAUCAAAUGCAGGUGAAGAGCAAGAAGAUCUUCCUUUCACCCAGACUAAGACUGUAAAUAUCAUUGAGACUUCACCCCUUUACCUCGGAAAUUAUUUUAGUCUAAGACAGCCUCCUCAAGGCGGCUUCCUCAUCCCUGCUGAUGAAGACUUUACACCCGAACCAUCCUCUACAGGGUUUGAGCUUCACAAAGUCCCGGGCUUAAAUGGUAUGUCUUUGGAUCAUGGACAACAAAUAUCUCUCGUCCGAACUCCUACUCUCUCCGUUCAACUCCAGGAAACUCAAUUAGAACCACUGAAAGUAAAGCCACUUUUGACAGUAAAGGAUAGUCUUUUCCACCCAUCUCUAUUCUCCAUGCACGCUCCAGUAGGUAUGAUUCAGGCUUCUCAAAUCGCAGAAGUAUCUAACAGUCAUCAACCUCAGACUUUCUCUUUAUUGUCAUCACAUCCAGAAGCGUUCUCGAAUAUGUUCUCACCAGUUAUGGAUAAAAAAACUGAAGAUGCCAAGAUGCCAGUCAAGCGUGAAACUGAAGUACCUACUACUGCUCCUAUGAUUACUCUGAGUGUUUUACCAGAUGAACACUUUCCCGUCCCAAUCCGCUUAUCCCAGGACUCAAAUCAACCGUUUUUAUCCAGAGUACCAGACAUGCAGAAUUUUCAGUCGCCAUUAUCCUUAGCUGAGCAAGAUUUAAGGUCCCAAUCGUCCAGUGUUUGGCAAAUGCAUGAACAAAAAGACACAGGGAAUGGAACGUCUUUGACACAGAGUGCAUUGGAAAUUAUACACUCAAUGCAUCAAUCACUCACCACUCAGAGCCCAAGCAAGACGCCACUCUCUAAUAAGGGUCACAUAGGCAUGAUGAAUUUUUUAAAGGAGUGGACAAAUCUCUCGAUCAUUCAUCAAGACUCUGAUAUUCCCAGUCAGGCAGAUACAGAAGUACCUUCAAUACAUCAAGGCUUGUCUUCGUUUUCUCUGAUAACUCCUGAGGAGGACAGUCCCGAGACAUACUCAAGCACAGAACGCUUACAACCAGGGCAACGACCGCCGGCUUCUGCUUCACUUAACCAAACACAUUUUGGUGAAAAUGCACCUUCCAGUGCUGACUCAGGUGUCAGUGCCGAUUCGCAUUAUGAUAAUUUUAAUGAGGAUACCGACCAGGCAACUCCAUCAAUUAAUAAUCAUGCUGAGAUAUUUUCAAUUAUACCAGUAGAUGUCACUACAACAUCAAAGCCUCAGAGUGUGGGCAUUCAUCUCAGCAGUCAUCCACAACAAGUAACUGCUUCAGACUACUACACUUACGAUGACUAUUACUACUAUGAUAACUACAAUUACUAUGAUUACCAAGCUUAUCAAGAGCAGGCAACAAUAAGAGGGAGAGCAGAAAAUUCACCCCCAGGCAUCGAAAUUUCGCUCGACAUCUCCAAAAUUCCGGGUGCCGUCCCGGUGUCAACAGACAACCAAGACGUGCAAGAGUCAGUUCCUGAGGCAGCCUCGCGUUCCACUCUCCGACCACCACCUCGACAACCUGCUCUAAGGCCCCGUCCAAGACCAGAAGUUAAUAGCAUAAGACAGAGUAUAGGUAAUAGCUUACGGCCGCGCCCUAACAGGCCAUUUUUCCGACCAAUCCCCAGCAUAACAAACUCAAACAAUCCUUUAGGCUUCCCGCGACGACCAACCACGACGACACCGCCUCCUCCACAAGCUAUCGAUCGUCUUAGUCUUUUAAUGUCCCAAGGUGGUACCACUGUGCCUCCUAUCACCACGACUCGCAGAGUUCCAACCCGCCAACAGUUACAGGACGCCCUUCAGUUACUGGUUGCACUCCAGGAAAAUUUCAAUGAAGAACCGACCUCAAGGCCUCCAAUUACUCAGUCACCAGUUUCGGCAUCCAUUAUUAAUCUUCCGAAUCCUCAGAAUUCUGGCACUGGAUUCCAAGUCUCGUUGUCCCAGAGAGUUUCAGGACAGAACCAGCAAUUUGAGGCUUCUGUCGGUGAGCCAGUAUAUCCUCCAGCACCUCCUCCAUUACCUGGCCCUCCUGGACCAAUUCCCAUCCCUAGUGGAGUCUUAACAGGUGCCCCAUAUUCUGGCAUCACAAACCGGCCAGGGGCUCCCGUUCCUAAUCCCUACCCUGGGUACAGACCUGGAUCUUUCUCACCAUUUACACAGGGUUAUCCGGGUUAUCCUUCACAAUACCCUUAUCCACCAAACCAAUAUCCUUAUUACCCACCUUACCCUCCGUACCCAUACCCAUAUCCCCAAUCCAAUAAUGGGUGUCGAGGAGGUGGGGCGUCUACCAGCACUUCAACAGGGCCUGGUUCCGCAGCAGCCGCAGCAGCAGCAGGGGGAGGCUGUGGCGGAGGCUCUACAUCAACAUCCACGUCAGUUGGCCAAAGUGCCGGCGCAGCACCCGGCUCCGUAUCUGUAGGAGGAGGCGCUCCUACCAAUCCCUCGCCGGCCACGGCUCCUCAACAAAGUGUAGUUAGCGCUCCUGCACCUCCGCCUAGGGACCCCGCUCCUCCAGCUCCUUCUUCUACUCGUCCGCCGCCUUUCAGCAUCAGCUUUGGCACAGGGUCGACCACGACGGAGGCGCCGGCGGUGUCGCAGGAAGAGUACAGUAGCGUUGUUUCAGCUCUCCACACGCUCAUGUCGUACCUCAACCGCACCAACACACAGUCUAGAGCGACGACCACAACCCCAAGACCUCGACGAGGAGGAAUAGCUGGGCUUCUGCAGAACUUAUUCCGGAGGAACACUGAAACGACCACCGCGCCUCAGCCUCAGACAGCCAGCCGACCACAAGACGUGCACGUGAUCCCUUACCCUUCGCCCCUGCCAGGCUUUGGGUCACAACAACAACAACAACAACAACAAGGGUCAUACCCGUAUUCGUCGCCUCAGGCAUCCUGUUUCAUCUGCCGCCGUCGAAAAUUGCUAAAUAUAUUUCAGACUUUAGGCAGCAUGGGUGAGUUAGAGGCUAGCGAACGAGGAUAUGGUCCUGCAGGAGCUUAAACGUAUUCGAUUCUGUUGGCCACAUCUACUGAUCUUAAAACACUGCGAUAGUAAGGAACUAUAUUGUGAGUUUGAAAUGUUGAAUAUUAGAAACAACUUAAACAAUUCAUUCGAGUCCGUGAAAAUCUGCUUUCCACCGAUUGUAUUGUGUUUAAAACAGACCAUUAUAGAUUAUGACACAAUAUCAAGACUGGUAAGUCUGUUAUCAUAAUGUGUAUAUAUUUCAGCAAGAUAAACAGACACACAUAGACAGACAGACAGAAAAAAAGACAGAGGCAAGGGCAGAAGUAGAGACGUUGACAUACAAAAAUGGACAUGCGCAAGAAGAGAUAGAUAU